AUGGGCUUGGACACCCAACGACCACCUCUCCCAGCACCUACUGAACCUUCGACUCUCAGCUCCGUAGACAACGACACCAGUCUCCCCGACGACGUGGACACCAACGUAUCGUCGCGCACCGACAAGACCUCUUAUUCCAUCCCCGAGGACGGCACCCCCGUCACUAUCAACACCACCAAGCGCGAAGGCGGCUUCCACAAGAAGUACCCGUCGCAAACCUCGCUGCUCAUCGAGUACUUCGAGGGCGGCAAGACGGAAGGCAAGGUCAACUCGCGCCCCAGCGUUCGCGUGCGAGUCACACCAUCCUCCCGCAAGAACAAGCCUGCCACUGCGAACGACCACGUCCAGAUCACCAGGACCACCCGUAACACACGAAAGCCCCUGUAUACCAGGCGUGUAUCGUUAGGCAGCAAGCCCCGCGACGAGGUUAUACACCAUACUAACACAGACGCAUCCUACUCAGAGGGGUCCAACGUUUCCUCACUCCCACCUGUCGAAAUCGAGGUUCUCCAGAACGCCAGCGACCUGUCCAGUAACGGCGGUCGAUUCGUUCCAAUGGCGUCAGACAUAUCUUCCAUGCCACCGGACAGCAUGCUGGAAGGUGAGCCCUACAUCAAGCCUCCGGGCCGUCGGCGCAGCCGCAGUCUGGAGCGCGAAGAAGUCCUAGAGUCAAAGGAGGUUUCCGAUACGCUGAAGGCACCUACACGACAACGUAGCAGAAGUUUGAGUAAAGAACGGAUAACUGCCCGCGUAAUGGAGAAGUUGCAGCAGAAACCCACCGAAAGCGUUACCUCGAAAUCGAAACAUAGGACAGGCAGCACAGAAGAGGUCACUCCGAGUCGCAAGUCACAUCGCAAGCCGAGCAGGUCACGUCGCGAGGAGGAGAUGAGUGGCAUCAGUGGAACCGAAUCCAGCCUCUUGUCUUCUAAUGUCCACCGUCGCUCCGGCGACACGCAGUCUAUGCGCUCGGGUGUAUCUGGAACUUCUUCAAUCAACAAUCCCAAGCUACUUGCCACCGUUGAGGAUGCCAUCAAGCGUCUUAUCCUACCCGAACUAACUGCCCUGAAAGAGGAGCAGCGCACGCAGAAGAACGCCGCAAAGUUCGAGACCAUGUCCCGCGACAGCACUUAUGAGACGGUAGAAUCGACAAAGUCCCGCGACAGCUCUCGUCGGAGAGUGUCCAAGUCUUCAAGCGCGCCGCACAUACACGGUAGCAAGCCGAAGGUUGUUCUCAACCGGGACGAAAACGAUCCUGGUACGAUUCUUUCUGGAGGCUCGAGUCGCCACCGACGGUCAAGCCGAGGUUCGGUUUCGGAGCGCAGCUAUGCUGAGGGUACCGAAGAGAAGAUUCGCCACAAGAAGAGCAGGGAUAGCAGCCGUCACUCGACUCGCGACGCUGCCCUGGCCGGGCUUGCUGCAUCUGGAUUGACUGCUGCAGCCCUGAAAGGCCACACCGCACGCGAGGAAGAGAAAUUGGAACGCAAGGAAAGGAGAAAACGGCAAUCAAAGAGCCGAAGUAGGACAGCGAGCAUUUCGGAAAGCAUUGAAGACGAGAUUUUCGAGACACCGUUUCAGGAACUAUCCGUACCACCGCUUCCAAUCCUGCAGAGCGAACUGCAAGGCUCCGAGCUGACCCGCGACUCGAUAUUGUCGGCGGAGACCGAGACUCGUGAGCGUCCAGACUCGAGCUCUUCUAGGCACACCGGUGCGGAAACUCCACUUAGGGAAGUGGCACGAGGUUUCGCUUCACCAUCUCCGCGUACUCCUACUCGUACCCCCAAUUCGACCCAGCGCGGCCUGGGCACGGCUCACAGCAACCAUUCUCAGGGUGCAGUAAGUGCUAAGAGUGACCGAAGCUAUUUCUCUCGGACAAGAGAAACUUCAACGCUCGCGCAGGAAGCGGCAGCAGCAGCUAAGGCUCGCGCAAUUGAGCGCGCAGCGACGCACAGCCCUCAAUAUGAGAUUGCUGAAGCGACUCCCACACGAGGCUUGAGUCCCAUCCAGAGCGAGGCGAGUUAUCGAGAUGAAAUUGUCGAGACUGGCUCUCCGCGACAGCUGCGCUCGGUGCAUAGCGGUGCCUCCAUGUCCUCAGUAGGGCGAAAGGGUGCCCGGCCGCAAUCUACUCUUUCCAUCCAGUCUUUCGAAUCGUCACCAAGCACAAAAGCUGCGCGAACGCGGAAACGCCCUCAAGGCGUUAGCCUUGAACGACCCAAGGAAGUCCUCGGCGAGCCAGAUACUCCACGCGACGUUGAUGACUUCUUCGAGAAGAACCAUGAGCAGAACGAGCAGUAUCGAAGAGACUACGAGGCUAGCCUGCAUGGUUCGCCUGGCGCCGAUUCUCGACGCAUGACCGGCUACACUGAAGACAGCGAAGCAGGGCUAUACCCCGAUGGAGAUGAGCAACGAAUGUCUUUAAGCCAAGACAUUCGCAAGGUCGGCUCGAACCCAGAAUAUGUCCAUACUCCUCUUGCUGUAGAGUCGGCAGUAGCAUCUUUGCUUGAACCCUCUAGCAUCAGUAUUCAGUCAUCAACUGCAAGUCCAGUGAAGGGCAAGAGCCGGUUAUCACGCGUGAGCCCAGGUCCGGAAUAUCAGCACUUCACAGAAGACUCCGAGCUGCAAGAACACCCCAGUCGUGAAAGGUGGAAUGCGAUCCGCGACCAAGCGCAGACGCUCGCUGCAAAGUCAGGAGCAGGAAGUUCACCACAUAAUAGCCUCUCUGUAUCACUGCAGGAUGAGCCCCAGAUGAAUCACAGCGCACUACCAUCGGGACAUAUGGAGCCUGAAUACGGUUAUGGGGUGGACGACGAAUCUGAAGUCAUCACGAACCCAUCUAUCAUCAAUGGUCCCGGUGGAGGCCACUACGAUGAUCGCACAGAAGAACUCCUCAGCAGGCAGGAGGAGCGCGAGCAACGGACACCGUCACGAUCUUAUGGCAAGGCUGCAGCAGUUGGUGCCGCAGCCGGACUCGCUGCAGCUGCGGCGACUCAUUCAAGGAACUCGAGUCCUGCGGUGUAUGAUCAACGCGAUAGCAUGGCGAGCGACAAUUAUGAACUGCACUUCGAUCAGCAAGACACAUUGCACGCAAAGCCCUCAUACUCGCGUGAGCGUACGCCCUCACGGAGUCCAGCGCUUUGGAAAGACGAAGGUUACCAAUCCGCCCAUCAGCCUGGAGCCCACACUCCUGAUAUGCGCAAUCAGAGGCCAUUGGACGGUGGAUUCGACGAAUACGAUGAGUCGCCUCUGGAUGGCGCAGAUCCCUUCAGCGCCGCCGAUGCUAAGCACACCCGUCAUUUGAGCGGGAAUUCUCAUGGAAUGGCCUCGCCUCUCUACGAUUCAGCGACCGGCCGUGGGCUUGACCGGAUUGAGUCCAAGGAUGUAGUGGCUUUGAUGGAUCAUUUGACUGUUCGUGAUGCACAACGCAAUGCUCGCGAUACUGAGAUCCUUGUGACUUUGGUGCGCAGUGCAGCUGAGAUGCGCAACACGUUUGAAGAGCUCAAACAGUUCAUCCGCGUUCAGGAUAAUAUGGUUAUGAACAACACUGACAAGCGAGUGGAUCUGGCUGAGCAGCGUAUCAUUGGCGGUCCUCGCCCACAGCCUGCAGGCUCUCCACGAGCUCCUCGAUCCUCCACUGACGACUUGGAUUACGAAACCAAGAAGAAGAAUGUCUUCAAGCGGGCGCUCAAGGGUUUGGGCUCCAAGGGUGACAAGGACAUCAAGAAUAUGGAAGCUAUGCUUAUCCAGCUCCUGGGAGAGGUCGAAAGUCUGAAGCAGGUGCACCAACUGACGUUGGACCAACAACGUACAAACAGCAUGACAUCUUAUGAGCACAUGAGGGCCCAUGAGGCUGGCGCUCCGGAGUCCGGCUAUGAGCCUGAAGGUCGGGCAAACACUGCCUCAUCGCCGAACCAGUCUGGCUAUCUGUCGAACCCAUCGUCUUCACGUCGCAUACAAGACUUGCACUCCGGAUAUGAUGUCCCUCAAACUCAACGGAUAAGUACCGUCCACGAAGAGGAUGACGAGGAGUAUCUGGAGGACGAACCUCAGUACGAGAACACUGAACGUAUGACCACCCCAACACAGGAGGCUCGUCGGAACAACAGCCUCUCGCACGACACGCCUCCGCAACCAGCCAAGCCGUUCCGAGAAUCUCAAAGCCAGGAGAAUACGCCGAAGCGUAAGCACAAGUCAAACUCGUCUUCCAUCUUCGGCAUUCCGAAGAUCUCAAGGUGGUCGAAGACAACGGCUUCUACAAACCGCGACUCGGAAAGCUUGCCUCGCAAUAGCGGCUCAGGGGAAAGGCGUCCGUACUCCAGCGCGUCGCGAUCUGGCUCUCAAGUCAACAUUCCUUAUGGCGACGGGCAGUACGAACUGGACGAGGAUGACCGAAUCCGAUCUACAGCGUCCCUGCCCAGAGAUGGUCGGGAUUCUAUUCGGUCCCCUUCCCCGCUCAUUCCAGAGGAUGACGAGCAGUACGGCAUGGAGGAUCCCAAGUACCAGGCUCAUCGCAACUCGUUGAACCUGCAGCAUCCCCAGCCUAAGCACGGUCCUACUGGGCGCCACACCAACCAGCUGGAUCAGCAAGCCCGGAUCUUCGACCCGAUCCAGUCUCCAGACUAUGAUCAAUGGGGAAGCAAUCCUUCAUUAGCACGCAACCGCAUGUCUGGUGGCGGUGCUAGUUACAACGCUGGCAAUUUGUCGCCAAUAUCAUCUGAAGGCGGUUACAGCCAGCACUCGGCAUCCGAGCAACAAGCUCCGCCUCGACCGCCUAAGAUUCUGGAUGAUGGUCCUUUGAUCCCUCCCCAGCAGCCACUUGCGGGCCAUGGACAGGCGAGGCAGAUGUACAGCUCGCCCAACGAAUAUGGCGGCCAGGGGACGCUGACGCCGUUGGCGCCCAUUCAAGAGGUGCGCUACUCGCUCGAGACGGAUACCGGUCAUCGGUACACCCCCACUCCGUCGCCCCGUCCGAGCCACCAGAACCUGGGCGUCACAAGCCCGCAGCGCAAGAUCACAGGUCCUCGCCCCAUGGGCAGCAGGAGCCCUAGCGCGCAGCACGGCCAGACCGAGCUGCAACAUUCCGAUACGGUCAUCAGGAGGAAGCCUGUCGCUUUGGUGUAA